CAUGUACACCACCACCUGCAGCCACGGAGCACUCCAAUAGGCAAAUUGAGAGAGAUGGAGGCCAUUGCGUUUGGUGCCUUCUUCAAUACCAUCUUGCCCAAGCUUCGGGAAAAGCUUAAAGACUCUAAGCGAGACAAGAUUGCCAUCAACGCUAACAUUCAAGAUUUCAAGAGUGAGGCUGAAGCGGUGCAAUCACAACUUGAAGAUGGCUACUCCCGGCAAGAAGGUGACAAAGCCAGGCUGAUGAGGAUCGAUCGGCGACUCAAACUCUUGUGUCAAGAUACGCAGGACUGCAUACACCAGUUCCUGCAAAAGCAAAAGGGAUCUAUGGAGAGCUGCACCGAGUUCGCAACCAAGAUCCAGGGAUUCAACGACAAUGUCCAGAAGCUACACGAGGAAGUCAAGACAUGCAUCGCUUCACGAAAAGGGCCACGCCAACCUUCUGAGCGGUAUGUUCCUUCCGACAAGGCCGUGGGCAUGUUGGAGCGCCUCGCUGAGCUGCAGGAGCUUGUACAGCUAACCGGCAGGCAAGAGGCGCCCAAGGUGAUCUCCAUCGUUGGCUUCAGUGGCCUAGGCAAGACCCUUCUUGCCAAACAAUUCUAUUCCAGUGAAGCCGGCAUGAAAUUUCCUCAUCGGGCAUGGGUUCCUUCGGCUGGCACCCAUGAGGAGGUUGUCAAGAACAUACUCCUGGAUAUUGACCCUCAAGGCAACCAUGACGAGGAUGCCAUGGACCUCCAGCGCCUCUGCGUCAGCCUGCAGGAUUUCCUAAGGGGCAAAGAGUACUUAAUUGUACUCGAUGACAUGAAGAGUUGGGAGAUGUGGAACAAAAUAAAAUAUGCCUUCGAGAGUGUGAAAGGCAUAGUCCUUGUAACAACGACCAUUCUGGCAGUAGCUAAUGCUUGCAGCCAAUGCAUUAACGGUUAUGUGUACAAGCUGUCACCCCUUGAUGAGAAUGAGUCUGUAAACCUGUUCAACAAAGAAUGUUAUUCGGGGGAUACUGAUUAUGCAGCAGACAUAUUGAAGAAAUGUGAUGGUCUACCACUUGCUAUAGUCAGCGUGGCCAAUUAUUUGCAGAGUGAGGGACCGUUGACAGGCGCUAGAUGUAAAGAUGCUUGCAACAAACUUGGUGCUCUUCUGGUACAAGACAAUGGUUGCAAGUUACCAGAAAUGCAAUGGGUGCUUAUGAAUAAAUAUACUGGUCUGCCUGGUCAUGCUAUCAGAUCCUGCUUGCUAUAUUUUUCCAUGUACAAGGGAAACAUGGAUGCACUCCCCAGGAGGAAUUCCCUGAUAAGGCGAUGGCAAGCUGAAGGGUUUGUUGAUGGGAAAACUGGAUAUGAAUAUUUGAAGACCCUCAUCAACCGCAACAUCAUUCAGUCCAUGGAAGUAAACACAGACGGAACAACAAAGAGAUGCCGACCCCCAGGAAUGAUGUCCGAGUACAUUUCCCAGAUUUCCAUGUCCGAGAAUUUCGCUGCUUUGGUGUCUGAUCAAGUGGAGAUGGGAAAAAAUCGCAUCCUCAGGCUUUAUUUCGAUGAUGGCAGUGCUGAAGAUGACAUACGCAUUUCGCGCAUGGAUUUAACUUUACGUAUUGUCCUGACUCUGGCAAUUUCAGGAAUUGCAUGCAAAGCUAUUUUAAAAUUUGAACAGUAUGUGCAACUGGUAGUUUUGGAUCUGAAAGAAUGUACAAAUCUGGAUGAUAAUCAUGUCGAAGCUAUAUGCAAGCUGUUGCUGCUGAAAUAUUUGAGCCUCGGGAAGACUAUAGGGAACAUACCAAGGGCCAUUGGCAAACUGGAACUGUUAGAGACGCUCGAGAUGAGGACAAACAAAACAGUAAAGGUGUUUAAAGAAGUUCUCCUGCUACCCAACUUAAUACACCUCCUUGGAAAUUUUGUGCUUAGAAUGACACCGGAUGAUGAUCUAUAUAAUUUCUUGGAGAAAAAGAGUGUCUUAGAGACGAUUACAGCACACGUCAGCCAAACUGCAAAAGGAUUUCCGGAUCUGAUGCUUCAUAUGAGUCAGUUGAGGAAGGUGAAAAUAUUUUGCACUGGAGGAGCAGAUGUCACGGACAAGGAAGUUCUGACAACGGCGAUCAAGAAAUUCAUUCAAAGAGGCACGUAUAAUGUUAAUGGUGGUGGCCACAGUCCUUCUCUAUCAAUAGACUUCGAUAACUGCACGUCCAUUGUUCGGGAAUGUCUAUUAGGUCCUGGCAGUCUGACCUCACUCAAAUUGCACGGCAAAUGGACACCAUUUGUGGGUGCUAAUCCAGAUUUUACAAAGAUAUCUGGUAUUACCAAGCUGUGUCUUUCACACACUUACCUGAGCGGGAAUAAAGUCCUUGCUGGUCUGACUGGUUUGAUUGCACUGGAAUAUCUCAAGCUGGAUGAACGAGAGCUGGGGCCCCUCACGAUACAACCAGGAACUUUCCAAAGGCUGACGGGGUUAUGCCUCGUGGGCGACCAAAGCCUUGACCGCAUAACAAUCCAACCUGGUGCUCUGCCCCGUCUGGUCUCACUCCAUCUCAUCUGUGAAGCUAUAGAUGAGGGAGUUCAGCUUUUGAACGGAAGCCUCAAACGUCUACGGGAAAUCGCACUCCACUCUGGAGUCGCACCAGAAAGAAAAGAAGCAUGGAAAAAAGCUGCAAAGCUCCAUCCUAACAGGCCCCAAGUUUUGUUCAUUCAUAAGGCAUAAGCACGUGCAAAGCGUUGUAAUCACCAGAGUGAAGCUACUUCUUGCCUUGCUGCACGGAUCCGGGAAGCACCAAUGGAUGCUUCAGUUUGGAUAUACGUGCGGCCGCUUCCGUCGUGCGUGCGUGCUUGCUUUAUGAUCAAAUUUACCAUGUUGGUCACUUUAUUUACCAUUCACAAACUACUUGACCGCUUCUUGUUUUUAUUGUAUCCUUUUGAUUUGAUAUUCUAUUUUAAUUAUAUUGGGAAAAUCUUCCUAUUGUUGUAUCUUUUUUUUUUGAAGAAUGAUUCCGUGAGUUGUAUCUUUAUUAUAU